GACUCGGGCCCCGAGGUGAGCCUUGUCGAAUACGACCUCAGAGAGAUCUCCUAUGAAGUGAAGUCCGCUACCUGUCACGAGCUGAAGGUCUUGGCCCGCCUGGAUGAUCCUCUCGUCUUCCACUUUGAGGAUGAGCGUGAGGCACAGAAGUGGUGGACAGUCAUCAGCAGCCCCCUCCGGGAGGUUCAGAAAGCCGCUGAGAGCACCAGUGUGCUUGUGGGACAGCCAGCUCCUCAUCCCCUGGUGGCUGCGAACUCCCUGCCCGUGUCAGAAGUUGAGGCCUCUCUGCCCUUGGAGCUUGCAAGGAAAGAGGAGCUGGCGAAUCGUCUGUCUGUGGCUAUCGAGCACGGGGACGAGGAGGAGGCCAUGCGCUGCGCCACGGUGCUCGCUCACCAGCACGCCACGCUGCGUAUCCUGCUGACUGAGUCCUGCUACCCCGCGAGCGAGAUCAGCAUGAAGGUGCAGGUGGAAGAUGCGACGUGCUCAGCCAGCAUCUCCACACGGGUCCAUGUGUACACCACGAUCGCGGCACUGCGGCAGCAGGUCUUUCAGGAUUAUGGGUUCCACCCCUGCGUACAGCGCUGGAUCAUUGGCCAGUGCCUCUGUGUGGAUGACCGAACGGUCGGCUCUUACGGAAUCCGGAAGGACGGAGACACGGCCUUUCUCUACCUGCUUUCGGCAAAGGGCGUCAACCUCUCAGAGCAGCGCUACAAAGAGGACAGAAGCCGGGCAGUGCUGCAGCCAGCCGCCUUGCCGCCCACGGACAGUUCGGAUGCCAAGCACAAGUACAGCACCUUGCCCAGCCCUCUGCCCAAGAAAGGCGUGACCAGUGCCAGCAAGAAGACGGAUCCCAGGGACAUCAGCCACCUCCUGGGCACCCUGCAGGUCAGCCAGCCUCCGAGCCCUGCCCGAGCCCCUGCAGCCUCGACUGCCGCCCCUCCUUCCCCCGUGCAGGCAGGCUGGCCGUGUCCUACCUGCACAUUCAUCAACAAACCCACCCGGCCCGGCUGUGAGAUGUGCAGUGCAGACCGGCCCGCCCACUACACAGUUCCCGGGAGCUACAAGCCGGACGAGGCGGAGCUGUGGCGCAUGCAGCAGGAGGAGGAGGGGGUCUUGCAGUAUCAGAAGGCCCAGGAGCAGGCCCGGCUGCAGAAUUUCCAGCAGCUGCGCCAGCUGGACCAGGAGGCGCUAGUGCCCAACCGAGAGGACAUGGAGUGCCGCAUCUGCUACCUGGACGUGGAGCCCGGCAAGGGGGUGCUGCUGCGGGAGUGCCUGCACAGCUUCUGCAGGGACUGCCUGCGCCAGCUGAUCAACUGCUGCGAGGAGCCCCAGGUGGCGUGUCCCUUCCGAGACGAUUCCUACGCCUGUGGCAGCCAUCUCCAAGACCGAGAGAUCCGGGCGCUGGUCUCGUGGGAGGAGUACGAGCGCUUCCUGGAGCGGCGGCUGGCGGUGGCCGAGAGCCGAGCCCGGAACAGCUACCACUGCCAGACGGCCGACUGCUUGGGCUGGUGCGUCUGCGAGGAUGGCGCCCGCCAGUUCCGCUGCCCCGUCUGCCAAGCCCACAACUGCCUGGCCUGCAAGGCCAUCCACGAGGGCAUGACCUGCAAGCAGUACCAGGAGAAGCUGCAGUUCCAGGCCCACACGCAGGCAGCAGCCCGGGAGACCAGCAACAUGCUCAAGACGCUGGUGCAGCUGGGAGAGGCCAUGCACUGCCCCAUGUGCCACAUCGUCGUGCAGAAGAGGGGCGGCUGCGACUGGCUGCGCUGCCCCGUGUGCCAGACCGAGAUCUGCUGGGUGACCAAGGGGCCUCGCUGGGGGCCCGCGGGCCCCGGAGACACCAGCGGCGGCUGCCGGUGCAACGUGGAUGGGGAGCGGUGCCACCCCCGCUGCCAGAACUGCCACUGAGCACCCGCUGUGGGGAUGAGACCGGGCUCGACGCGGCCGGCAGAAGGCGCCCUCUGGCAUGGACCCGUUACUUGCCUUGGGGGCAGGGCGGGGGCCUCCACAGCUCCCCGGCCUCGCUUUCCUGCCCCACACCGGGCCUUCCGCCACACAGCCCCUGUGGAAACACCCUGAAUGCUGUGGGGGCGCUGGGGGGCCCUCCUCACUCUCUGCCAACAUGCUGCGUCUACCUCAGAGCGUGGGCGACGUUCCCAUCUCCGAGGAAGGUGCUCUUCCGCUUGCCGGGUAGGAGCCAGAGAAAAGGCAGGCUGGCUUCCCCAGGCCUCCGCCCAGCUGUGCCUUUGACCCCCCCCGCUGCUGCACCCCUGUUGCCAUGGAGGCCCGGCGCCCCAAGCCUGACAGUCCCAGCAGGAGGCAGCGCAUGCAUGAUGCCCGGCCGGCGUCGAGGGACCGCGGCGGGAAGGGGCGUGGGGGUGCUGCGGCUCCAAAGGGGGCAGCCCCGCCAAUAAAAAGAUGAGUGCUGGGA